GAAACCAUAAAAAUCAACAUAUUAAGACGAAAUUCAUCAAAGGCUUUCUUCCUCAGAUCAAGAGGUAAGAGUUGUGUAUUACAUAUAGAAUACUUCAUAGAAAGUGCGUGGUUAUGGUAUUUUAAAAUACGACUGAGUUGUUGCAGUUUGAAAAAUCUCACUUCCUGCUCUCGCUUAUACUCGUUCCAUGGUUUAAUAUUUGAGUUUGAACUCGAACUUGAAAGUGCGUGGUUAUGGUAUUUAAUACGACCGAGUUGUUGAGGCAUGAGAAAUUAAUCUCACUCCCUGCGCUCACUGUACUCUUGUAAGCUCGUGUUUAUACUCGUUCUAUGGUUAUUAAAACUUUAGAAUACCGGCGGCCACUUGAAUAUUUGCAUCUCUUUGAAUGACAAACAUUCCUAUUAUGUUAUUCCUCGAUCAGCUGUAAGAGCAGUUGUCUGUAAGAUUCGAACUAUAUACUGAAAAGUCGCUGCCACACUAUCUUACCGAAUUGGCUGAAAAUUGGCAUUUGGACUUGAUUUGGGGUCUUUAAUAAGGAAUAGCUAACUUAAGGUUUUAAUUCCUCCUAUUUCGGAAAUUAUGGACAUGGCCGGUUUUUGGGUGCUUCGGACCGGCGCCAUAUUGGUUAAUAGAAGAUGUUUUUGAGCCUUCGACUACAGCCCUGUCUUGAAAGCUAAUCUUUCUUUGCCGAUACAAAUGAAAGAACUAUCCCUCUUUAUUGUAUUUUUAGAAGCUACUUCGAAAUUGAUAACGUUUUCGCAACGAUAUGAUCGAUUAAACUUUGGUGGGUUUACUUUUUGAAUUUUUUACACCUGCAAAAUUAAUAGAACGUCAAAGGCGUAUAUCUCUCUUGUCAUAUCGCAUUGAAGCUUGCCACUCGUACUCUGCCUGAAUACUCAUUGUUUGUAGUUAAAUCUAGUUCGUUAAUAAAAAAAAUUGGGCAAAUUUAACGGAGCAGAGACAAAAGUAAUGAAUGGAAGAGUGUUCUAGCGACUUUGUCAAUAAGCUUUACACCGAAUACUCGCCAGGUGUCUAGUAAUACUAUGGGUUAUUUUUGGGCCUGGGUUUUCCCAAUAUUGGGAUUGAAAUUUCCCAUCCAAAUCCCAUCAAGUCUAGAAUAGACCAACAGCUUUUGUACAAAUCAACUUUGAUAAUUUGCAUUUUCUUAUCAAACAGUUUUAAUGCACUUAACUAUAUUUUUGGUUUAAAUAAAACAUAGUGCAUAUUUUGUACAAAUAAUCUAUUUGAAUUUAUUCAAAUAAAUAAGUAUACAUAUCUUAGAAUUUCAAAAUAUCUUAUUCAAAUGCAUCCAUCAAUGUCUCAAGUGCAUUUACACUGACUGGUUGUUCGAUUUACAGUACAAUAUGGAAAGCAUCAAGACUUCUUGCUUAUAUAAUGUAUAAUAUAGAACAUUAACUAAUCCAGCACAACAUGCUUCAAAGGUAAGGUCUUUGCUUGGUUAAAACUGUUAGUACCCUUGAGGAAAGGUUACAACAGUAAACUCUUUUUAAGUUCUCAGAAAAAACACAGUCCUUUUAGGAAUUAAUUGUCAUAAAAUCAACAUCAUCACUUUUAAAUUGAUGAAAGGUAACUAUAUUUCAGUCCCCUUGUUCCCUUUUAUCAUAGUCAUCUUCAGCUGGGAUCAACAGGUUCACCAGGGAUGCCACAUAUUUGUGCCUUGCUGGCUUCUUGGAUACUCCCCCCCCCAAUAGUUGAGAUAGUGUGAGGGACAUGAGAUUUCUAGGUGUGACAGAGAAUCUCAGUCUUCUUCAGCAGCCUUGAGAUCUCCUCUCUACCCCAAACACUUCCACAUAUAAAUCUCACAAUCAUCUUGCAAAGUUUUGGUGACAACUGAAUACUGCUACCCCCCUCUGCAGUACUAGCCUGGAGAGGUGGUGGGUUUGCGUCUUUUUCGUUUUCAGAUUCAUCUGGUGAAAGUGUCGACCCAGAUCUACUAAUAUCGCCACUGUUCUGCAUUUUUUAAAUCAGUAAUGUAAAUCAAAAACCUACAAAAUUUAAAUAUGGUGUAUGUUUUAUAAUGCAACCUGUGUUAAAUCCAGCAGAUGGAACUGCACAUGUGUACUUACUUUACCUCAUACUUUAUACUUGAUAAAGCACUCCUGCUCUUUAAACUAUACAUAAUUUAGAUUAUAUCUGCUUCCUACCAAAAAUCAGUAUGUACUCACAUCUUCAUCACCCUUUGAAAAAACCAAGUUAUUUGUUCUCUGUCUGAACGUUUGACCUUCAAUGCAAUAAAUAAUGAUAAUACCUGAAAAACGACCUAGUGAUACAAAUAUGCAUGUAAUGCAUAUUUUUAUGUUCCUUUUCAUCUCCACAAUAUGGCAUACAUACAUAUUUUUAGUGUAUUAUAUAUUAUAAGCUUAUAUAUUAUCUGAGAUGAAAACCUAGAAAGCUAUGACCUUCACUCCUGCCAUUUUUACAGUAGUCAAAACAUGUAUCGUGCUAGACAGUUUUUGUCAUUCUCAAUCAAGUCAGUGCUUUUAUUUUGGAACGUGUAGGUAUUAGAGUUCUCGCAAUUUUCACUGGUAGUAGUCAUGUUUCAUUAGAAUUAAGCUUCGUUGGUGUAUAGAUAUAGGUAUAGGUAUAGGUAAAUCAUUGAUAUGCAUAAGGGUCGAGUCCAUGACGUCACCCAUUGAUAUAACGUGGGUAAAAAUGCGUUCCUCCAUCUAAUAACUGUCUUCCUGCAUAAUAAUUCGGUAUAGGUUUACUAAUGAGCAUCUCUCUACUACAAUAGGAACAAUAGGCUUGCCUAGGCUUGCCCGUUAAGUAACUUGAACCUGGUUUGAACGUCUAUUAAGAGGCAAAAAUAGGAAUAAGAAAGCGAUCACCUAGCAACGCGAGAAACGGCUUACUAUAUCUUAUUUAGCGCUAAAACUCGUACAAAACACAUACACAAAAUAGAACUGAAAACUCUCUAUUUCAAUUUUGUCUGACGUUUUCUCCUAUCUAUCGCGAGGAAAUGAAAAACUAUUACAGUCUCAGCGUUUCACGGACAGUUAGUCACUUAAUUGUGCGAGUUCGCAAGCCCAAAGUUGAAUACCAAUUUCCUCUACAGGAAAGACCCAAGGGAGCACCUUGACGUAUUAUUAUAUAAACAGUUUUAUAAAUAACUUAACAAGGAUCAAUUAAAACACGCGACUAAUAAUUGCUAGCAAUAAAACCACAAGAGAGAUACCGUUUUAAAAACUUUAUUAAAAACAAUGACAAAAAGAGUAAAAUACACAGCGAUUUGUAAGGAAUGGAAAUUAAUUAAUCUUCAUCUUCGUUCUCCUCUUAGAAGGGAAAUAGAAAUUGGUUUCCAACGUUUUCGCGUUUUGUGUGUAACUGUUCCACAGUCGUGACACCGACACUUUCAUUUAAUUUCUCCCCUCGGGAAUCUGGUGAUCGCAUAUAGGACAAAUCUUGUAGUAAUCGUGCCAAAAGCAUUUAGAACAUUUCAUGAUCAAUGUGCAGUACACAUUAGUGUUCUCACAAUGUUCACAGGGACUUUUAGAGUGAAAGGCGGUGGACGUUUCAGGGCUACUACUUUCUGUUUCCUGAAUGUCGUUUUCAGUGUCGUUGUCGCUCUCUUGGGUGCCUUUAGCGUCAACGCCAUUCUCAGAAGGCACUUCCUCCUCCUCCUCCUGAUUUUCAAUAUCCGAUGAACUCUCCUCGUUAUUACUCUCGUUAUCGGAAGUAUUUUCUACAUUUUGGUAGCCUUUUAACUUUUCUAUUAAAUCACUUAACUUUUUGUUCUUGAUUAAACCUUUAUCGAUUCCUAACUCUGCAAGUCCAUCUAGAAACGUAUUCAGCGCAUGAGGCUUGGUAACCUCAGCGUUAUGAGGGAGUAACACAUACUCAACUAGCUCAGCGAUGUUUGUGACGGGAAUGGUGCGUUUAUUUCGCAAUAAUUGUCCGCUGGGAGUCCAGAAAAGAAUAUCUUUGGACGUAGCCAUACUAUAUGCAGCAAAUCAGAAGCACGCUUUUCCGGCAGGAAAACAAUAGAAAUGCGGUGGCGGUGGUGGUGGUGGUGGAAAGAAAACUGCAAUAGCAAUGUGGUGGUGGUGGUGGAGGGAAAACAAUUGAAAUGUGGUGGUGGUGGUCUUGAGGGAGGAAAACAAUAGAAUUUUAUGGCCUGAAAACCGUAAAAUGCGCAACAUUCUACCUCUUUCUCAGUCUCUUUCGUUCUGUUCUGUCUACGAAAACUCCUUGAGUAGAAGAGAUAGUAUGCAAAGGCACGUGAUGUCUAAACACCGCAAUGCUGGUCUCACAGAAUGUCAGCGGUUUUGCUUCGAGCAUCCUUCUUCACCUCCAUUAUUGCCGGAAUGACCGGGUCCUGGAUAACGGCCUGGGCUCGGUCUCUGUUGCAAUAAGCUUCAGAGACCAUUUACCCUUCCCCGGAGAGGAUCGUUUGGUGUUAUUCACAAAGGCAGCCUGCGUAUACACAAAUGUUAGUCGCCAUGCCACACAUUGAAUUCGUUAAGGGAAUUCCUACGGCUUUGGAGCAGGAUUUCCAUUUUGAUGCGAACAAACGGAAUUUGAUCAUGUUUGAUGAUCAGAUGAUUGAUGCCAGUAAAGACAAGCGAAUUGUGAACCUCUUUACUCGUGGUUCUCAUCAUCGCAAUCUGAGCGUGAUUUAUAUCGUGCAGAAUCUAUUUCACCAGGGGAAAGGUAGCCGCAGCAUAAGCCUAAACAGUCAUUAUUUGGUGUUAUUCAAGAAUCCACGAGAAAAAUUGCAAAUCUUGACUCUGGCCAAGCAAAUGUAUCCCGGACAAACUGAUUUCUUUUUAAAUCAGUACGAAGAGGCUGUAAAAAGACCUUUUGGUUAUCUUCUGAUUGAUCUGAAAACUACUACCCAAGAUAAUUGUCGGUUGCGAACAAACGUCCUGCCCAGUGAAGAAGGCUUUAACCAAGCAGGGUUUGAAGAAAAUAUUCCUCAAGAGCUUCUAAAAUGUCUGAAGCAGCAAACUCUUUCGCCUGUCCUGCUUCUUCCAGCUAUGCAAGAAAUACAAGGCAACAUGGAUGACGUGCUUUCUCGAAACGAUCUUCGGGACGAUAAAAAUGCUAAACGAUACUUUCAGUUGAAAAACAGAUACCUUGCUUUUAAAGAACAAUUAAAUACAAGAACACGACCGGAAGAAAUAAUCAGCACUGUUCCAGACUUAACAUCAAGGACACAAGAUUCUUCGACAGCAACGACAGCAUUCUCCACUCCCCUCAACCCCUUUAUUAACACAAGCCGGUAUCUCUCAAAAACCUGACAAAGAAAGCCUCACCCCUCCACAACCCUUAAAACCUGCUUUCCUGACCCCUCCUUCCACAGUAGAAAUCCCAUCACAACAAGGCCCGAAGCGCAAAAGGCGUCGGAUGCAAUUUGUAAAUUAUCUGGGUGAUCAUAAAGCUCAUGCCAAGCAGCUGAGGAAACGUCGGCAUAAGUAAUUCAAACCUUACAAGUACCCCAUGGGCGAAAAAGAUGAAGGUUAAUUAAUUUCUAUUCCUUACAAAUCGCUGUGUGUUUUACUCUUUUUGUCAUUGUUUUAAGUUUUUAAAACGGUAUCUCUCUUGUGGUUUUAUUGCUAGCAGUUAUUAGUCGCGUGUUUUAAUUGAUCCUUGUUAAUUUAUUUAUAAAAUUGUUUAUAUAAUAAUACGUCAAGGUGCUCCCUUGGGUCUUUCCUGUAGAGGUAAUUAGCAUAAUUAACUGACUAACGGUUCGUGAAACGCUGAGACUGUAAUAGUUUUUCAUUUCCUCGAGAUAGAUAGGAGAAAACGUCAGACAAAAUUGAAAUAGAGAGUUUUCAGUUCUAUUUUGUUUAUGUGUUUUGUUUAUAUAUAUCCGAGUUUUAGCGCUAAAUAAGGUAUAGUAAGCCGUUUCUCGCGUUGCUAGGUGAUCGCUUUCUUAUUCCUAUUUUUGCCUUUUAAUAGACGUUCAAACCAGGCUCAAGUUACUUAACGGGCAAGCCUAGGCAAGCCUAUUGUUCCUAUUGUAAUAGAGUAAUGCUCAUUAGUAAACCUAUACCGAAUUAUUAUGCAGGAAGACAGUUAUUAGAUGCAAGAACGCAUUUUCACCCAGGUUAUAACAAUGGGUGACGUCAUGGACUCGACCCUUAUGCAUGUCAACGAUUUUUCACUCACGUGGCCAGCAUCUAUGCAAAUUUAUUGUGAGAGUUCAACUCCCAGAGGACUGGUUUGGGACACCAACAUGGCCGCCGUUUCAUUGUUUUGGGACACUAAUAUGAGCGCCGUGACAUCAUGUGAAAACACUCUAUACCUAUAUCUAUAUACCAACGAGGCUUAAUUCUAAUGAAACAUGACUAUUAACCUCCUCAACCCCUCGACUUCAUGAAGCUUUAAUUUUCUUGCAAAAGUUCAGUAUAGUACGUAGGCAAACUGGACGGCGAUCGAAUAAACUAGGAAAUUUUAUAUUAGCUAGGAAAUGUUGAUUAAAUUGUUCUAGUCUUCGCUAAUGCAAAGUACCGCAGAUUGUUGUUGUUAAAUAAAAACACGCCUAAAAGUUAACGAAAACUAAAAAAGAAAGAAACUCGGAAGGUUUGUAGCAUUCUGGGCGGUUUCCCGCCGAAAAUAUAUGAGCAAGGUUCUUACGUUCAAACGGUAAUAACAUCCUUUAAUUCGUUUUAAGAUUUCCUUUGCACUUAGAUUCUCUAUAUCCCUAAAUUGUUCGUUUUGUUCAUCUUUAUCCGUUUUCUUCAGCUCUCAAGUCUGAAUUUUGCGAGGACAAAGCACUGGAGUUAAAUUUUCUUUUCCCGCCGCCAUCUUUAAGGAAGAAAGAAAGCCAUGUGGCGUUGGGGACGAGAAUGCCCCGAUUCUCUUUCCCCGCAUGAGCACAAAAACGGCUCGCACGAUCAGCGGGAGACGAAGUCAACCUCGACUCAGAGCUCUUCUGAGCAUGUAGAGGAGAGAGAUCAAGAGUUCUGGGGAACCCUGGAGCAAGAUUGCCUCUGAUUGGUUUAAGCAAAAAACAAUAAAAGUGUACCUGAUUGGUCCAUUUAAGUUUGCACGAGAGCGGUUGAACGUGCGGCGUGUCUGGCGUGUGAGCAGGUUUUUCCCAAGAAAUAGGGAACUUAAGGUGGCUCGAUACAGUUUUUCAGGGUCAAUACCUCCCAAGUUUGAGCGUAAACUACGUCGCCAUAAACAAAGAUUUGGAAAAAUUAACACCACAGUUGUAUUAGAUAAAGAUGAAAAUUGGUUAUGAUCAGGGUUACAAUGACAUCGGAGUUGUCAUAGCAACGAAAUGACGCCAUUACCUAUUUUACUUGCAGCAGUAUUUCUCGGCACUGGGAACUGUUCUUCCAAAAUCGUUUACUGGAGCUUUUACCUACGAUAGCUGCCUCAAUGUUCGUGAAGUUUAAGCGAAAUCUGUAAGAGCGUUAUCGAGAUAUUUUGGGAUGAAGUUUUUCUGGUUAGAAAUACGGUAAAAAAUUGACAAUCUUGAUGUUCGACUGUGAUCUGUGCUAAACGAAGCGCUUUUUUUGCAAUUUCACCUCAUAGUAGUUUCAAUCUUUUUAAAAACGUGUGUGAAAGAUCAUGGAGAUACCUCCAGCCGAUUGCUAGAAAGAAGGAUUUGAUUAGUACGUAUCGGGGCGCUCUUGUUAGCCGUAAUGUAAACAUUUCGGUUUACUUUAACAAAUUAGCGAAUAAUUUUUAAACCACUCGAUAAAUUUUCUAAAAAAUUUAAGAGUGUUGAGAUAAACCGUCCUUUUAUUUGACCUCUUAGUUUCAAGAUUAUUGAUAUAUUGUAAGGUAGUAAAAUAAGGGCUACAAUUCGCUAAUAUUUUGUCAGAAAUUUUGUCUUUGCAAGUGAGAGCCUCUUAUUAUUCAGGGGUAUUGUCUCAAAGUUUCAUUUUCACGUGAACAGCAGUAACUAACAAUGCAUUUGACAUAUGUAAAACUGCUAGCUAUUGUUAUGCACGAAAAUAUGAAACUUGGAGACAAUACCCUGAAUAAUGAGAGGCUCUCACUUGUAAACACAAAAAAUUCUGACAAAAUGUUAGCGAAUUCAAGCCCUUAUUUUACUGCCUUACAAUAUAUCAAUAAUCUUGAAACUAAGAGGUCAAAUAAAAGGACGGUUUAUCUCCAGAUUCUUAAAUUUUCUAAAAAAAUUAUCGAGUGGUUUAAAAAUUAUUCGCUGAUUUGUUAAAGUAGACCGAAAUGUUUACAUCACCGCUAACAAGAACGCCUUGAUACAUACUAAUCAAAUCCUCCUUUCUAGCAAUCGGCUGGAGGUAUCUCCAUGAUCUUUCACACACGUUUUCAAAAAGAUUGAAACUACUAUGAGGUGAAAUUGCAUGUCAAAAGCGCUUCGUUUAGUACAGAUAACAGUCGAACAUCAAGAUUGUCAAUUUUUUACCGUAUUUCUAACCAAAAAAACUUCAUCCCAAAUAUCGCGAUUACGCUCUUACAGAUUUCGCUUAAACUUCACGAACAUCGAGGCAGCUAUCGUGGGUAAAAGCUCCAGUAAACGAUUUUGGAAGAACAGUUCUCAGUGCCGAGAAAUACUGCUGCAAGUAAAAUAGGUAAUGGCGUCAUUCCGUUGCUAUGACAACUCCGAUGUCAUUGCAACCCCGAUCGUAACCAAUUUUCUUCUUUAUCUAAUACAACUGUGGUGUCAAUUUUUCCAAAUCCUUGUUUAUGGCGACGCAGUUUACGCUCAAACUUGGGAGGUUUUGACCUUGAAAAACUAUAUCGAGCCACCUUAAGAACCUCGACCAAGUUCACGACGACGACGUCUGUUGACCGGGAAAAGAGUGGAACGAGAAAGUCAGUUUCGGCGGGAAAAAGGAAACUUAAGAUGCAGUCGGUCGGUAGGUCGACGACGACGACACUGAAUGUAAACACAAAUGUAAAACUGUGAUGUUCGUUCGCAACAAAGUUUUUCGCAAUGGCGUCUUUCAAAACAAUGCAAGAUCUUGGGCGCUUUCCAUUUACGAAAAAAACCCGGAAAUUUCGGUGAUAGCAAAAGUGGAAUUUCCGAUUGGUAAAAAGUUGUUCCAUUUGGUCGUAAGCCCCGGUACGUGGCGGUGCCCGACCGUGGACCUGGAACUGGUACAAACUACGAGAAACGUAAAUGGAACACGACAUUCCGUUCGGAAAUUUCAAUCGGGAAAACGGGACCACCUUUUUAGAUUUUCCACCUUUUCUGGGAAUUUUCCAGUGGGACGAACCAACGAAACGUGUUCCAUUUACCGCCGAACCGGAAAUUCCGGAAAUUUUGAGUAAAUGGAAAGCGCCCCUUAUUUGUUCAAGCCGUACGUCUAAUGUCAUUGACGAUGAAAAAUUUUUUGUGUUGUCUGAGUGGAAAUGCACCUAAUUUCCGCUCGAAAUUAUUCAACUUUCAACUUGAAUGAGAUGACCGAGUCCGAGUGUCUGUCAGAGUUUAGAUUUCGAUUUCGAUGAUUUGCCUUACCUAAAUACGUACAUAUAAAUUUAUCACUGACAAUUCACUUACGAGUUCGCUCGCUAGUCCUCCACAGCUAUUGUCAUUCUUCGAAAAUCAAUUCAUUAGUCGAAUUUUCAAUCAACAUCGAUUGUUAGGAGAAAAAGGAACGAUACCUGGAUUUAGGAGGAUAAGAAAAUGGAGAGGCCUUCAAAAAUCGCUUAAAACAGUGGAUUUAUACCCGCCGAAGCUUGUGGAUUGCAGGACGACGUGAUUCUACUUUGUUUGGCGCGUCGACGACACCACGACGACGAAAUUUACUGGUCGCGCUUGCGCAGUACACUGUAACUCACUUCCGGUCGUCGUCGAUCGAGCCGUCGUCGUGGUUCUUAAGUUCCCUAAUGUUGAAGUAAACACGACCGGCCGAUUCUUGAUUUCAGCGAUUCCAAAACAACGUUUGCACGACUUAUUAGGCAGAAUUACUGGAUUUUCCAGUUUUCAAAUAAAAUAGCUUAGCUACAUAUCGAAAAUUGAACCAGAAAAAGAUUUGAAUGUAAAAAAAUAGAAUAAAAAUACACUGACAUCUUUGCCAGCUAUAAUUUAAGAAGCACGACACAUUACUGAUCAUUCUUUGACUUCCACGUUAUCAUAUUCACACGAAGUGGCCUAGUAUGAAGGAAAACUUGAGCUUCUUGUCGUAAAUUGCCCAAAAACAGACUUGCAAGAAAAAAAAACAGACAAAAUUAAAUCGUUUCCUAAAGUGAUGCGUGUACAAUGCGACUAGAAUAGUUGUCUUCUUUUCCCACGAUAUCGCAUUUCAAAACAGCUUCGCUAAAGUGUUAAUAUUCAUGAACAAACAUAAAUAAAAGGACGCUAAAUUCAUAUUUUGGAAAGUUUUAUUGGAAUUUCGAUACGUCUAUCUUAACAAGCCAUUCGUGUUUCACUUACCGCCUCGUGAAGUAGUCCACAGAAAUAUUUAAUCAACUGUCAAGCAUAUGCAAACUUCAAGUCUCAAAUCUGUGAUUGGGAACGUUUAACGUUUUUACGCGUAAGCACUGGCGUCGAGAAUGGAGAUGAAGUCUGAACGCUAGAUCCAUUUCGUCCUGAUAGAAAUUCUCAGAGUGACGGCAAAGUGUUUUCUCAGACAAACAUUGCAUUGAAAGUCUCGAGCCGCUGCAUUAACUUAUUAAAUAGUUUUCCAGCCCGAUUCCUUCAGUAACAACUUGAAUAGAUUUAUAUGCUAGUUUUUAUGGAACUCGACACGCGUCGUUGCACCUUCAGGGAAGAUUCCUUCAAUAGACGACCGCAUUUGAACUUAAAUUAUAGUACCUUCACUUUAGAUUUCUUGUUUUAGGAAAGCAAAAGAAAAACAGCGCGAGAAAUACGACUAGCAUACGUGCAUUGCGGCCAGACUUAUUUGACAGCUAGUCAUUUACAGUUGCGUUAUUUUUGUUAUUUUUUAAUUCGUAGGCGGGAUGGCGAAAAGGGCUUGCUUGCAGGGGUUCCCCUCUUCUCUCCUAAUUCCCUUCCCGUUCCUUUCGUACGCCUGCCACGCAGGCUACUGGCGCAGGGUCGACCCUUCUACUAGAAUUUCAUUUCAUGACAUAAUGUUAUUUAAAUUUAUACUUUUUUUUUUUUGCACUAUUUGCAUUAUACAAGUGUGGGCUGGUAUUCUAAAAACAGAAAACCAUUUUUUUUUAUUAAAGCUAUUCAUGAAAUAAUCCAGAAUGUAUUCCUCUUCCAGAAAAAGGUCAAACGGACGUACCCAGCUUGUAUACAUUCUGAGCCGUUAGCAUUCGUCAUUCGGCCAUAAUCCGUAAAUCGAAGCUUUCCUCUAAUUAAUUAACUCCUGAUAUAAUUCAAUUUGCUGCUACUCAUCGUGAAACGACAAGAGACCCAAUGUAGUCUUUCAAAUUAAACCUUUUAAUGGUAAAGAUCAUAAUAUUAUUAGGUAGAAAUACAAUCUAAUUCAGGAAUCACUAGUAAGCUUAACUUUUUGUCCUUAAGCCUGGUUUCCAUAUGAUCGUCCAGAUCGUCUGAACAUUUUUUGAGACGACUGGGACGAUCGAGACGAUCCGGACGAUCAUAUGGAAACCAGGCAUUAAUUUACUGUUUAAAAGGAAUGAAAAUCAGUGGCAGUUGCGCUGGUUUGAAUUAAACGGAGGACAGAGAAUAGCUGCCAGAUUACAUGUUGGGUAUGAAGGUUGGGAACACUAGUCCCAAUGACAUGACACUGGACUUUGCAGGUCACAAAUGUAACUUGUUGUUAGGAGAAAAUUCUGCAGGAGAGACAAAGAUUUUCUUAAGAAUUCUGCAAUUUAUUGUGUCACACUAUUCUCAUUCGUAUAAAAGCAGCCGCGUGACGAUUUAAUCAACUAGAUUACUGCGUGCUCCCUUGCCCUAGGCCUUUUUUACGCCCUAGCAAAUAAAUUCGCCGUCUUCUGGCAAGUCUACUCUACAACGGGCAAGCAACUUUUAUUCCUCCGCAACACGGCCAGCGCCGCUGAAGCUCUUUCAUGGCUCUCGUCCCUGUUUAACCAGACCCAGCUGAUACGGUAGCUAUUGCUUCGGCAGAACCUCAACCGGCAUUAACACCAUCCACCUAAGUAUCAUGUUUUAAUUUAUCGCUUCCCCCUUUUCUUGUCAAUUUGUUACAUACGUGGCGUUUAUCUUUUUCACCAUUCUGUUCUGGAGUUUGCUUACGUUAACGCCUUUAGGCGUUCUUUGCAACGUACCAGAGGUAAGGCGACCCUUAUUUGAUUAUUGUCGCGUCUUUUGCGUCUGUUACAGUAGAACGAGAACGAGCCGGAACAUAUUUACGUUGGCGCUUCAUGGCGUCUGUGAAACGUAAAGGAGAAUCUCAACAGUGCAGUUCAGCGGAAUGUAUUUUUUACGUUGUCGCCCUUCGGCGUCUGUGAAACGUAUAAUGAGGAGAAAGACAUUACGUUGACGCUUCUUAGCGUUUGUGAAACGUAAAGGAGGAUCCCAGCAGCUCUACUCAGUGGCAUGUUUUUAGUCAAUUACGUUGGCGCCUUUUGGCGUCUGUGAAACGUACAAUGAAGAGAUAGACAUUACGUUGACGCUUCUUGGCGUUUGUGAAACGUAAAGGAAGAUCUCACCAGCGCAGUUCGGUGGCAUGUUUUUAAUUUCGUUGGUGCCCUUUAACGUCUGUGAAACGUACAAUGACGAACAGACAACUUUUGGUUUUACUUCGCGACCGUCCAUCGUACAUUUGGUCUAGAAUCUUUGAUGCUUUAUGGCAUUUUACGUGUAUGUAUUGAAAGAUUUUAAAAUUAGGUGGCCAGUUGUUUAUUUUUGCCGUUCGUUUCCUACUCUUUGUAUUGUCAACACUUUGUAUAAUUUCCGCACAUUGCAUGGUCAGCAUACUCCGUGCCCGCUCGCAGAUGUUCCCUUGAGACGUCUCACUUUUUAUAUUGUCUUUAUUCUUCCUGACCUUUUACACUUGUGACCUUAGAGGUCACAAUAGCAGAAACAGAAGGUGGCGUAACUCCUAGAUAUCAGUUUCAGUAACCACGUUCUCUCUACUCUAGCGUAUAGCCUGAAUAAAUUUCCACGAGUUUCCUUGUAUAUUAUAUUUUUCUUUGGCUUUUGCUUCCUAUAUUUCCUUACCCCACACUUGAGUCGUGCUCAGGGGGGGUUCCUAAACACACCCCUCUUCCAGUCUUCGGACUCAACUGUGGGGUUCCUCCCAGCCUCCCUCUUUCGCCGGGUUUUUCCUUCUUUUUAUCUCCUCCCAUUCGGAUUUCUCUAACCGGGUUACACAUGCUGGAAGUCACCCUUCAGCUUUCGUUUAGCGUAACUGGGAGGGAAAGCCCCACAGUUGGGCCGGGCCACUCCCCUCAAUUGAAUCCGUCACAUCUGAGAGGCAUUACGCCAACGCUACCCAUCUCUCUAAGGGAGUUUUCUGGGUUUUUCUGAGUUUCGGGGAGAUUUGGCUGUACUGCAACUUAAUGAGGUAUUCUGCAAUAACUUACCGUCUUUUGGAUGAGUCUAUAGCACCCUUGGUCUCGGGCAAAAUUUUUCACCCAUAACUUUUUCAUCAAAAGGCAUAAGGUGGGUUUUAUGAUAAUGUGAAUUAGUUACUAUUAUCAUUCGUAUAAAAGCCGCCGCGUGACGAUUUAAUCAACUAGAUUACUGCGUGCUCCCUUGGAAAGCAGUCUAUUGGUCCUUUACGGUCCCCAGGGAAAUUCCCUAGGCCUUUUAUACGCCCUAGCAAACAAAUUCGCCGUCUUCUCGCAAGUCUACUCUACAACGGGCAAGCAAGUUUCCCCACCCUCCUCCCCUUCAGCGGCGCUGGCAAAUUUUCUCUAUCAGCCCACCCUAUGCCUUAUGCAAAAUUUUUCACCCUUAACUUUUCCAUCAAAAGGCAUAAGGUGGCUUUUAUGCGAAUGUGAAUAAGUUACAAAGCAAAUUGUCACAUGCUGUGACCUGUCCCUGCAGACCUUUUGCAGUGACUUGUCACCUAGUGUGUCACACGCCUGCCAACUCUUUCACAUUAUGCAGGAGUCUAACGCCUGAGAACUAAAAACAUUGAUUUCGUGCAUCAAGGGAAAUUUGUCCUCGCCUGACUCACAAAUCCAGAGAAGUUGAUCUUUAACACACGAUUAAUAACAAAAUUCAAUUCACUUUCCCCAUAAAUAUUCGAAAAAGACCGUUAAAGCUGACUUUAUGUUGUAACUAUAUCACAGCACGUUAAAGAUGCUGCCUUUUAAUUUUUGCUCUGGAAAUUCUAAAAGGUACGCGGAAAAUCUUCGGACAUUUUCGGCAACAAGUUGGAAGUCUUCGUAAAAUCAUCAGAAAUUUUCAAAAGCCGCUGGGACGUUUUCGGAAAAAUCUGAUGCACUUGACUCGGAGAAAGGUGGCAGGUUACUUGUGUCCCAGCAUUAAAUCUUAUUCAAAGAAAAGCUAAAACACAAUCACUUUGCUUGGAAUCAAACUCGGAUCCUAAUUGUCACCGUGAAACCCUUUUUACUGAAGAGUUCAAAGUAUUGUAUUUAAAUUAAAUGAUGUCACAUUCUGUAAAUCAAAAGAUGAUAGACAAAACAGUUUUCACAAAAUGUUUUUUUUUUUUGCAAUUUCUUUCUCAAUAUAGUGAUGUGAUAUGGCAUUGUUCACCUUAGUCCAUGACAAACGACCAAGUAAGGGCUAUUUGCCCAUUUGUGACUGGUCAACAGGAUGAAAUGCUAUUUUAAUUUAAUAAGCUACCUUGGCCCGCGUAACAAAUCACUAUAGUAAUAGUAUUUGCCAUUAAUAAAAGAUGUUUAAAUGCACUAACACCACAUGCUCUGGAUUUCUUUUAUUUUUGUACUCUAAAAUUCAUCUAUAUUGAUCACAUGAUUUUAAUUUUUGUAUUGCUUUCUAUGCUUAUUAUUUACAGAUGAUAAGAAGAACUGUCAAGACUUUUUUAACAAAUUAAAACAUGGAGUAUUAUUCCAGUUCAAAAUUGAGAGCUUACUUGAAAAAAGAAGAUGGAUUAAAAGUUUUGGAUCUGAAAGGAAAAAGACUCUCCAGGGUACCUGUUGCGGUCUCCGAACUGAGUGAAAUAGAGAAACUUGUGCUGGAGGAAAAUAACCUGAACAACUUGAACAACGUAAACAACCUGAACAAUCUUAUUGUGCUCAAAUUGAAUGGUAACAAACUAACAUAUCUACCAGCUGAGAUCGGUGACCUCAGGGAGCUGAGGCAGUUGUGGGUGAGUAACAACCAGUUGGUUGGUUUACCUACCAGUAUACAGAGGCUGACGAGGCUUGAAAGACUGAACUUGAGUGCAAAUAAUCUAACUGAAUUACCUGCUGAGAUUGGUAAACUAAGGGAGCUGAGGGAGCUGUAUGUGAAUUUCAACCAGCUAACUCAAUUACCUUCCGAGAUUGGUAACCUGAGGAAGUUGAGGGAGCUGUGGGUGAGGAACAACCAGUUGGUUGGAUUACCUACCGGUAUACAGAGGCUGACCAAGCUUGAAAAGCUGCACUUGGAUGACAAUAAUCUAACUCAAUUACCUUCUGAGAUUGGUAACCUGAGGGAGUUGAGGGAGCUGUGGGUGAGGAACAACCAGCUGGUUGGAUUACCUACCAGUGUACAGACGCUGACCAAGCUUGAAGAGCUGCACUUGUAUAAGAAUAAUCUAACUGAGCUUCCUGCUGAGAUUGGUAACCUGAGGGAGCUGAGGGUGAUGAAGGUGAGGAACAACCAGUUGGUUGGAUUACCUAUCAGUAUACAGAGGCUGAGCAAGCUUGAAAGGCUGAACUUGGAUGAAAAUGAUCUAAGUGAAUUACCCUCUGAGAUUUGUAACCUGAGGGAGCUGAGGGGGCUGUGGGUGAGGAAAAACCAGUUGGUUGGUUUACCUACCAGUAUACAGAGGCUCUCAAAGCUGGAAACGCUGGGCUUGGAUGGAAAUAAACUAACUGAACUACCUGCUGAGAUUAGUAACUUCAGGGAGCUGAAGCAGCUGUGGGUGAGGAACAUUCAGUUAGUUGGUUUACCUACCAGUAUACAGAAGCUGUCCAAGCUUGAAGAGCUGGACUUGAAUGGAAAUAAACUGACAAACCUCCCUGCUGAGAUUGGUGACCUGAGGGAGCUGAGAAAGAUGUGGGUGAAUGACAACCAAUUGGUUGGUUUACCUUCCACUAUACAGAGGCUGACCAAGCUGAAAGAGUUGUCCUUGGUUGCAAAUAAACUAAAAGAACUGCCUGCUGAGGUUUGUGACCUGAGGGAGCUGACGCAUCUGUAUGUGGGAGGCAAUCCUUUAAAUGUUGAUGCAAUAAGAUGUGCCCUGAAGUUGAAGAAGAAAGGAGUGUAUGUAGCAAUUGAUAUUGCAGGUGAGCUGAGUUAUACAGUAGCAUUCAGAUUUUUCGAAUCUCUCAAAGAAAAGAAAGUUGGUUCCACAUAUUAACAUGUUCAAAAAAGCCAGGGUAAAACUGAACUAUUUGCCAAGGGAAAGGAAGUCAGUUUUGUUUUCGAUCACUUAUCGGGAGUUUGGGGAUGUAAGGGUUUGAGAAUUCAGAAUAUGUUACAACCGUAUAAGUUUCAGCCUUAAUGAUAAGUUCUCAUCUACAUAUGUUAUAAUUUGCUUGUUGUUAAAUUUUAGGUAAUCAGUGAAAAAUAACUUUUUUAACUGCAAUUAUAGGAAAAAUCAUUGAAACGUAAAAAAGUGAAAGUUAAAUGACAGGAUUUUGGGUAAUUUCUAAGGUUAAUGAACGCCCGACAUUGUACCCCAUCUUAAACAACAUAUUACAUCAACAAGAUCAACCUCAGUUUCACCUUUACCCUAAUAAAAGGGAGUACCAAUCAAAUAUAAUUUUUACAACAACUGAAUUAUGUCUCGCAUGCUGAUUGGCUAAUUUUUAUUAUCAAUAAGAGGACAGACACGUACAAUUUUAAUUUAUGCAAGACGCGGUCAUUUGCCGAAGGAAUGCCGAACUUCUUUGUUUUUUCUUAGUUUAGUUUCGUAGAAGAUUCACUUUCUGUCCUCUGAGAAAAAUAGCCAGAUAGCUCUGAUCAUAGUUAAUUAAAGUGGAAUGGUUGGGAAACCCUUUGUUAUAGGUUUUUCUUAGCUUUUUUGGGCCUCACAGAGCACAACGUUCAAGAGCAUUCCUAUCAUUUUGAAGUUAUUGACCAAUAGAAACAUUGUAUUAAUUUAUUCAGUCAUAAUUUGUGAACAGAAAAAAAAAAGGACUGUGCACGGUCCGGGAGCUUCCAACAUAGCCUACAGCACCAUUGUUUUCAACUUUGAUGUUUGCCGGGUUUCCUAAAGCUGGUUUUCAUAUGUCUGGAAAAUCCCAGACGAAAAGCGAAUUGACUGUUUCCCGACUGUCCCAGAUUUUUGCCGACUAAUAAAAACUCGAAACCGUAGAUAUCCCCGAUCAUAUAGACGGGGACAAAUCUGGAGAAUCAGGAGCGUUUCUAUUUUCCCGGCGCCUCCCAGAUUUCUGCGAUAGUCGGCGAUCAUUCCCGACAAAUGACAACUCACAUUUGUACCGUCGGGGACGUCGGCGAUGGAUCUCGCUCAUUACCAAUCCCCUAAAUUGCUGGGCUCCAGUCCCUCUAACACAAAUAAAGGUGACGUCUCUCGAGAAUCUGGGCAGACUUCUGGCGAUUAUCCGAUAUAUCGGCAAAAUCUGGGAUGGUCGGCAAAAAGUAAAAUCGUCUGGGAUUUUCCCGACAUAAUAUGAAAACCAGGCUUAACUAGUCUCUUCUACUAACUAUGCUCUGAUGCAAGACUUGGCGCCCUGUUUGGAUUCUCUAGCAGAGGAAACUAAACAAGACACUUAGUUUCCAAAAGCGGAGACGACGUGCUUUAAAUUGUACAGUUUCAAAACUGCGAUUUAGAUAUUAAGUGUUUAAUAUUCCUACAUAGCUUUAAAGUUAAAAAAGUAAGAAAACAAUUCUGAAAGUAUAGUUUAUUAAAAACAAAGAGAUUGUUAACGGUAGUUUUCCUUGGCAAGUACUGAGUGUUUUUCUAAUCCUUUUUUCCGAAAGCUAAACAAAAUUUUUCUACAAACUUUAUGAAACUUUGUAAGUACCUGGUGAGUUGAAUUGAAAACUUCAUGCCUUUAAAACCCACCUUUCGGUUUGAUUGUACACAGCUCAUAUGGCUGAAUGGCGUUCAGGACAACAAACAAGAUAAGAACUGAAGUGAUCAACUGGCCGUACGUACACGAUUUCUGUUCGUACUGAUUGGUCACCAGCUCCUCAAAACUACCAGGCUAUAGUUUAAUCUACAGACAGCUCAACUGUACAUUGCUUCGACUUGUUCGGUUACUUCAACAGCUUCAAAAUCUUUCCUUGAAAUAAUAUUUAACCUUGGGCUAGUUAACCACUUUAUACAGCCCUCAAAUGCCUCCGUUUUUCAAGACAAAAAAUAGCGCUGUUCUCAUUCUUGUUUGAAUUGCUAAACAAUUUAAAUUCCUAAUUUAUGCAGGGCAGUGGCGUGACUUAACCUGUCAAAUUUUUGUCAUCAGUAGCCAAUCACCAAGCGAGAAAAGUUAUUAUUUCGGCGGAGCGCGAAGUAAAGGAUUCGCAACGCUCAGGAAUGUCCCAAAGUUGCUUUUUUUUAGACAAGAUUGGGCACGCAAAGUCUGUAGGUUUUCGGUUUUAUUCGGUCAUUUGACAAAGUGAGAGCCAAAUUAGUUCGAGAUAUCAAGAGAUCACUUCGAUUUCUUUGAUUUAUUCUUUAGCUUAGAAUUAUUAAUUUGGCUUUCCCGGGAUUUGAACCGACUCACCUGUGUGACCCGUCAGAUCAGAGGAGACUCUAAGUUGAGGGAUCAGCCGAUUGCGCCACUGCGACCCAAGGUAGUUUGGGAUAUGAAAAAUAGCAAUGAAAUUAUGCACUAGUUUUGGGACAAGAUUGGGCGCGCAAGUUCGUGACUUUUCGGCUUGUUUGGCUAUUUCACGAAAUGAGACCGCAAUUACUUCGAGAUAUCUUGAGAUCACUUCGAGUUUAGUCUUUAAUUUACUCGAAGAAUAAGUAGUGUUGAAAAAAAUUUCACGAGUUAGCGCACCUUAAAAAAUGCUGCAAGACGUUUUGUCUUUGUUGAGUGCUACGUAAUAAAAUUGCUGUCAUGCGUUGGGCGACUUUCUCGAACGUUCUCUACGUUUUUGCAUCAUUCAUGAAUAAUUAAUUAGGGCAUGUUGACAUUUCAGCGCGAGUCAGCAGAUUUGCGUCAGUUACUGAAAUCAUAAAAUAUGUCGAAAAGCUACUACUAUUCGCCUGUUUAGUAUUUCCUAGAACCUUAUGUGAAACAGUAUACAAGUUCCAAGCAAGUCGUUUUGACGAACUAAGUCUUUUCCCAUGAGCUGCAGUGCUGUGUUUAGUCAAGUGUGAUGAAGGUCGAAUUUCAAGUUCUGUGCUUACAGGUUGGCGGAAGCCGUAAGAUACCUGAAGUUCAAGUGCGAGUUUGUGAUUAUUGGCAGAGGCUGUUUAGUUUUACUUAAGUUCAAGUCAAGUUUGUGUAGGCGGAUGCUGUGUUUUAAAGCUCUGUAAAGACUACGUUCCUUUGGUAUUAAACUUCCUUGUGUUAAUACGAAAUCCGUGCGUGCUGAUAGUCAGUGAAUAAUUAUCCUCAAAACAUUCGAACUCGUAACAUUGGUUUUAGCCAAUUCCAUGCUCAACGUAAUUGACUCCUUACCCAUGCCUUACAUAUCUUUUAUCAGUAGAUAAGACGAUUAUGCUGUUUUUGAAGCCUGAUGUAAGAAAAGUAGAGAAUUCUUUUUUCACUGUUUGUUUUGUUAGACUUGUUACUGACCGCCAGUAACCUCAUAUUUGACCGGCCGUCGAUAAAACCCGGAACGCGGAACAUUCCAAAAACAAGAACAAUUUCUUCUACUCGGAUAUGAUAUCGGUUUCUUUUUCUUUCUUCAUUUGUUGUUUUUAUGUUAUUUUAUGUUACUUUGUUUAUUAUUAAUUUUUACAAAUAUUAUUUUAUUAUUUUUAUUCUAUUUACUUUUUUUUAAUGAAAAUUAUUUUUAUUUUUCGCAUGCUACGGAAUGUUCCGUGUUCCUGGUUUAAUCGACGCCGUAUAAAUAGACUUGGGUCUAAACGUUUAGACCCAAGUCAAAUUUAGAAGGAUUUGUAUGGAGUCAUCAGAGCAUACCUGGGCUAAUAUCUCAGAUACAAUUUGCCCCGAAAUGCUAGUUUUUGGCAAGUAUGCCUCUUGGAUGUUGCUCUUUUCAGAAUAUCCUGACAAAUCCCAUAAUUUCACAAAUUGACACCUUACUCUUACCAUGUAUCAUUUCUUACUAUUCCUCCACAUUUACAGUUAAUCAGGUCCACAACCACGACGCCAAAGUGUACGCUCCAUAGCGUCUUGUUGACAAUAGCAUUGCGCUAGUGUAAAAAAGUCAUAAAUUUUCUUUUGUUUUCUUCAUUUUUACCGGCAAUAUUUGACUAUCUUGAGCUUUUGUUAUUGUAAAAAAUGGUAGUGUUAAACAAUGUUAUGAUGUCAUUUUAUCAUCAACAAGAGGACAGAUGAUAAAAAACUGGCGUCAAUUUGUUAAAUUCCCACAACUAUAGAAUGGUGUGUUAGUAUGUGUAAUCAAAUGGUGACGAGUGAAAUUAGGGAAUAAUUUCACGCGCGUUUUGUCCAAAUCCUAAUAAUACUAAUAAUAAUACUAAAGGCUCGGGAAAUUAUUAGGAUUUGGACAAAACGCAAGUGAAAUUAUUCCCUAAUUUCACGAGUAUACCAUUUGAUUACCUAUUAAUACCAUGGGUGACGAAUUACGUUAGCAAUCUUGGAUUUUUAAUAUGUCUAUCCUGGAUCGUAUCGAUUGAGAAUUUUUCAGACUUUUUCGGCAAAAUACCUGUUAGAAUCCUUCUUGAUGUUCUCUUGUGUGUUCGGGUUUUCUAAAGCGUCUUUUUGUGCCCUGACAUCUUCAUUCACUUCGUCGCCAUCUUGACACUAAGACGUACGGAGGGUUGCCAUGGCAAUUUUGUAAUUUCACAUGUGAAAUUACAAAUUAACGCUGAAAUUUCGCGCCAAAAUUAAGGAGUAAUUCGUCACCUAUGAUAUUGUAUCUGUAACACUGGAAAUUCUGGUUACAACAGAGUAUUGAAACCAUAGUGAAAAAUAAGAAGUAAAGAUGAAUGAUUAUCAUAUCAUUGGUGUGGGGCAAAGCCUGGUCUCAGAAAAAAAUUAACCCCUCCCCCAUGGCCUCUAAAGGUCAGUCGUGAGAUGUAACUACACAUGUCAUAAGUACUGCUCUGAUCGGCAAUGUUGGACUGGAAACUAAACCGCUAUAACGACAUUAAUUAUCUUUAUUUAGUCGUCGUUUUUUUUUCCACCAGUUCCUUCAGAAAUAGAAGCACUCGGAGAAAGAGCACAGCUUGCUUAUCAAAGUGCUCUUAAAGAUGGAGCUGUCAAUGUUUACCGUGGUCGAGUGUUUCUUAUUGGCCAGGAUCGGGCAGGGAAAACAAGUUUAAAGAAGUCUCUCAUUGGUCUACCAUUUAAUCUAAAAGAAAAAAGUACUGAAGGAAUUGAAGUGGAUCCUUCAAAAUUUCAAUUGGAUGUAGAUGCAGCUAAGAAUUGGCAACCCAUCCCAGAUGAGAAUAAACAAGGGUUUUUGGGAUGUUCGAACAAUGUGGCACAGAUGGUGGUGAAAAGACUUUGUAAUAUUCCAGGUAACGAUAACUGGGCUCCGGAGGAGAAAGAACCGAAGGAAAAAGCCACCAGGGACCUUCAAAAUGAUGAUAACAAAAAUAAGGAACAGUUUGGUACUGAUGAAGAACGGGAGAAGGAUUUUUUUGUGAACCAGGUUUGUCAGGCUUAUUUGCUCAAAUACCAUCCGUUUUUAAAACUCACUACAUAUCUUCAUUUUACAAAACAGGCCGACACAACCACAAUCGGAAACAAAAUUACUUGAGACACUUCACCCUAAAGGGACUUUCUGACGUUUUACUGACUUCAAAACGGGGAAAAAACGAUUUUCCUCCCCCAUCGGCCCUCCAUGCAGUGUUAUGCCGCUGUUCUAGCUACCUGUAGAUGGGGUGUGGAUUCUUUUGUUCUCUGAAGUUACCCUAUUUGAGUACAAUACUUAGCUUCACACUAGAAGCUAAAUAAAUCUCAAGUAAGCUCUUAAUGCAUGUGCACUUGAAAAUCUUAAAGUCUCUCUGUAGAAAACAUGGCUUCACACUUGUUGACAAAGAAUAUUACUUGAAGUACAAGCUGUCUAUUAUUUUUCGCGGUGAAAUCGUUUAUGCAUAUCACAACGUGAUUGCUCGUGACAAAAACUAAAACUAUGAGGCCUUUGCGUUGGAAAAUAGCUUUUUGUAGUUUCUUCUUUAUUUUUUCAUCAUUUUAACUCAGAGGGUUUUAACCCUAAAAGAGAUGCUUAAGUGCUUCGUUUUUUUUUACGAGUAGUUUAUAGGAGCGGCGGAAAAACAAAACAAAAAACAAAAUCUUCUUCAGUAUUUUACUAGAAUGGCUGAACAACGCGCUUUUUGGCAAAGAAAUCGCCUUAGAGCUUGGGCUCGGCCUCUCCUGCGAUGCUCUCAGCUAACCGAGACAUGGAUGUUUAUGUCUGUUCAUUAUAAUCUCGGGACUGCUGCACGUACACGUCAUGCACAUCGCUUUCAGAUAUCUUCCAUUUGUUAUUGGUCAAGUGUUUUCUCAAGUGUGGUGUCGACCAUACUUGGCAGCGAACUUCGACUUCUCUGAACUACGAACGUUUCCGUGGUCACCAAGUGAAGUUGAAGUAGGUACAUUUCACUGACCCCUUCACACUCAAAGUAGUUUCCAGUACACCGAGAUUAUACCGUAUUUCCUCAAAUAAUAGCCGUCCCUCGAUUAAUUGCCUCCCUUGGACGGAAAUAUUUGAAAUAAUCGCCUCCCCUCCGCUCCUUUCGCCAUCUUAUCUUCCUUUUAUCCCCUCCCUGUCCAAGAGUAAGUGCAAGGUGAUCCAGCAAAUCUGAUCAUUGAACUAAUAAAAUUUGGAACACUUAAAAAGCCCAUGUUCAGUUAAUUUGAUGUGAUUAUUUUUUGAUUUAAUGGCAUAAUAAAAGAAAAUAUUUAGGCAUGAGUUCCAGUGAGGAAUAUUUGAAAUAAUUGCCAUUCCUCGAAUAAUCGCCCCCGGCUAUUAUUCGAGGAAAUACGGUCCUUGAGAGCUCCGGUUAGUGUGAAACCAACCAAUGUCGCAACAAUUUUGGCACCGAUUGUCUGAAUCGCAAGUGACCAUACAUCCUAACGAAAACUUAUUCGACUCAUUUCUUUAUUUGUUUUGAUUGACGUCAUCAUGCCUACUACAGAACAUCAUUGGAAUGUGGUGAUUUCGUUAUUUUCAGUGCGUGACAUUUCGUGUCACGCUUAACAUGCCUUGGCAUCGUGCGAUGUAGCGCCUCACGAUUUCUUAUUCUUUCCUUUAUCGAAACAAGGAAAAAAGUGAAUAGGACAGAAAAUGAAAUAGUUUUCUAGGCAACAUAGCAGUCAUAAUUGCUGAAAAUUGCUGUUUAGUAGAAAUGUCCACGGGUAAACCAAGUUGAGUAUAAUAUGAAAUAAUUAAAUUAUCUUUUAGAACUAAAAGAAAAAAAAACUAAAAAUACUGCGAGUGAAGCAUUGCAUUUCAAUUAAUUUGAAUCAGUUGCAGUCUAUUUCUAUUGUUGAUGUUUGACUGUUAAGUAACUGUGUAUGUAACGCAACACGACGCGAAGGCGAUGAAUAAAAACCGAAAUUCGAACCAAGAUAAGUGUUUGUAUCAAGCCACAUUGUAUAAAAGUCCGUGAGAAUAAAUCAGCUUAUUACAACACUUACGCAUUCAAUAAAUACAACAAAGCCUGGCUGAAUACAAAUUUAGCCAAAACGCCGACUUUAUUUACCGUCACGGGUUCCAGGAAUUGCUUGAAAUAUUCUGAGAAACGUAUUGCUUCAAUUCAAAGGAUUUUUUACCUUCACUUGCCUUAAUUCACACUCUUCGCUUGCAAAAACGUGGCUUUCUGUACGAAACAGGAUAUCUCCCGGGCUUUAAGUUUUCUUCGUGUGUUCUUUAGCUUCAAAAUAGCCUCGAUCUCGAGGGACAAACUUGAAAUCGAGGCAAAUACGGUGAUAUACAUACAUCCAAAAGUCUCAAAUGAGGCUGGCUUCGGGCACAGGCAACACAGGCUAGUCACGUACGCGAGCUAAAUUAGUCUGGUGCGAAGCCUGGUGACCUUGCAGCAACAAAGUUGGUUACUUGUGGUUACUCGUGGCUAGUCUCCUCCUAACUUCAUAGUUCUACUGUAAAGUACAUUCUUCCAAGACUCUCAUAAGUAUAUGGGCAAAUAAUCUACUGCAAAGAUGUAGCGAUGCUAUGCAGCUUUGCUUUGUGUAAGAAGUCGGAGCAUUUUCUUGUCUAGUGCGAAAAACGUAGACACUCUGUGAGAGCGUAGAAAAUUCGUAUAAAUACUUCAUAUAAUCUGAACUAAUGACGUAACAGCUAUAAUAAUCCUAUAAGCUAUACAUUAUUUUACUACUUACGUGAAGGGGGACCAAAGCGUUAGCACAAAUAUGUUUGGAAUGUGCAACCAUUUGAGCACGUUCGGAAUGUGCAACCAUGUCGAUAUUCUUGACGAGUUUUGUCGGGAUAUUCGGUCAAAAUUGGGUUCGAUAGAAAAACGUAAGGAGUAAUCGGAACCAAUUCAAAUCAAGGAUAAAAGAUCACGACGAAUGUCAGUGUUUUCGGCUAGGUUUUGACGCAGCAAGCACUGAGCGAACAGAGCCUCGAGUAAGAAGAAAAUUCAGUGAGAGACUGAAGUUUGUUAUUAUUGCUCGAUUCCCUUGGCCUUUGUAUGUUGUUGUUUUCUACUUCCUUUUCUUGAUUUCAUAAACCUGUCAGCAGUACGCAUCGAUUUUACGAAGUACAUUUCAACCUAUACAAAACAACAAACACCUCAACUUUGAAUAGAGGGGACAGGGGAGGGGUGUGGAUUCUCUUGUUCUCUGAAGUUACCCUCUUGAGUACAAAUGUCUCAACAAUUUUGUCGCCGAUUGCGGGUUCUGAUGUAUGUCAAGACCUGGAAAAAUGUAGUUCAUGUUGAAAAAGGUGAUAAAUUUUUUAAACCAAAACUUCCAUCGCUGAUUUGACUUAAACAUUUUUGUGGACCUGAAAGCCAUGAAAGCUUUAUAGGUCCUUUCAACUGACUAGCUGUAACUGUAUAAACUAUUAACACUUAAAUUUUAUGGUAGUUCGAAUUACGGAGAUGAUGCAAUUGGUGUCGUUAGAGAAAGUCAUUAGACCGCACACGCCAUUAGUUUUUUUUCCAUUUCAUCCUUAUACCGUGGAACCUCUAUUCAAGGGACACAAGAUAUGUUUGGUAACGGAAAAAUAUUCACGUAAUCUUUGUACAAUCCGUUACUACGGAUAACACCCUCCUCGAUCUGCUUAAUUCUUCAUAUCCUACGAAAGCCGAAUCAUAAAUCGCUUUUCAUCGGUACUUAAUAUAUAGGUGAGCUAUUAAGGGGAUAUUUGCCUUAGUCUCUGGUUCCACUCUAAUAGGUAGAGAUUUCAACAUUCUCAUAGAAAUCGUAAUGCUCUUUGUCAGUCACCUCCAAGUUAAUUUCUGACUAAUUUUCUCGUCUUAAUGUUUUGGAAACCUUUUUGGUUAAAAAAGAUUACCCCAUGCCUCCAGUGAUCAUGCCUCAAUGUUAAUAUUAAAUUAUUUCUACGAAGUGAGGUGUUGAGGCCAAUCCUCAACAAGAGAACAAUUUUGUUUUCCUAAGUCCGUUCCAUUCCAUUUUUGUAAUUCAUACUCCCAGCAUGCUCAGUGAGCGCGUCUCAGUGUCGUCGUGUAGCGAGAAAGAAACCAUGUGCUUUGUAACGCGCUAGUCGCCGGGAGUUUCUCAUCGUAUGGUGAGUCUUAGGAGAUCGUGUAUUUCCAAAUCCCGUUCCAACAGUGAUUAAGUGUUUGUUUUGGCUUAACUGCAGAAUACCCUGCCACUUAUUUGCAUGUCAUUGAAUAAGAAUAGCAUCUAUUGUGUUAUGCUUCGUUCUUCAAAGAACGCCGACCAACGAAAACAAUGGUGGUACAGAGUGGCAGGGUAUUCAGCAGUUGCUCCUUUGUUUUGUAGGUUUUUACUUGCGAGGUGAAGCUUAUUAGCCAAAGAUGAGACUCCAAUUCCGAUCCUGUUGUGUUGUUAAGAAAAUAUGCUGAGUGUGCAACUCUCGAUUAUUAAACUUGUGUUCAAGAACCCUUGUGUUGUGAAGGCGCGUUUUGUCCCCUGGACAUCUUCGUAAAAACCAUACGAGCAUCUUGCCUGUGAUUAGUGGACGUCCAAAGUCUUAACUGUGAAAAUAUUUGUACGUGUGAAUCGAAGUGACAUCAAAGGUCAUGACUCAACGAGGAAUCCUACUCGUGCGUUUGGAGGUGUUGGACAGAUCCCGAAGGGGAUAUUUGUCUAAUAUUACGAAACUGUGUCAUCAACUGGAUGAAAAUCUCGGAGACUUCGGCAACGUCGUCAAGAUACGAACCGUACAAACUAGCCUUAAUUCCGCGUGGGAGCAGUAUUGUGUUUGUGUUGAGAAAUACCGUGAUUUACUCGAUACCAGCUCUGAAAGGUAUCAAAGAGUCUUGAGCGACCGUGCGGUUCAGCAGUCAAGAAUACAAGAAUACAAUGAGAGAAUAGAUCAGUUUAUUGCCAGUGCCGCUGCCUUUUAUAACAGUCAAGUGCUAGAAGAAGUAAAAUCAAUCAAGGAGUGUACCCCUCCAGAAUCUGUGAAAUCUAAUGGUAGUCAGGUCUCAAAUCAAGUGUGUGUAGCUCCAGGUCCCAAAGGGCUAAAAUAGAAGCAGCGAAGGCCCUUAUUUGCAAGAAAGAAGUAAGAAGCAAGUAGAACUGGAGGUAAAAAGAGUCGAAAUGGAAAUAAAACGAACGGAAUUAGAAUUGCAACACCGAUUAGAACUCACCAAAUUGCAAGCAGAAAGGGAAGUUACAGCUGCAAGAAAUCAAGUAGAACUAGCCAAUUUAGAGGCUUCCCUUGCAGAACAGGAAAUAUCUGAUCCAGUCACUGGCCUGGAGGGUAUCAGAUGGUCUCCAAAUCUUGACCUAAAGGACUCAAAGUCUCAAUCCUUAAGGGUGCCACCCGAAACUCUAACAUCUGUUAUUAGUGCCAAUAAUGUACCAGUGACCAAGCCAUCUCAUACAUCAACACCAGGAUUAGUAAAUGCCCAGACUUCCAAUACACUCACUUCUGGAAACACUUAUUUCAAGGUGCCAAGUGUAAGUUUUAGAACCCCUACUGUUACGGAUGAGGGUACACUUGAGACUGUUAAACCCCGUAUUCAAGACAACGGCCAGUCACAACCUGCUGACCCACCCACUGAAGAAACCCCAUGCCUGACGAGCACCAACCGCUGUACAGCCACACCCAGUGCUGCUGGUUCAAUUGUGAAUGAAAGUCUUGUCACUAUCAUGUCUUCAAUGGAGAAAAUGAGUGCCGCCUAUGAUCUACCACAUGUACAAGUUCAGAAGUUUGAUGGAUCCCCUAAAAAUUACCCAGCCUUUCGUCAGAGAUUUAAGCAGUUGGUUGAAACCAGGCCUCUUAGUGAUGCUGUGAAAAUGACCCAUCUAUUACAGUUCUUGAACGGUCCUGCCCUGACCGCAGUGCAGAGAUAUGAGCCAAUGCCUGGUGGCCUGGCAAAGGCACUCAAGACACUAGAGGAACGUUUUGGUCAGCCAUUUCAAGUAGUGAGAGCAUGUGUGGAAUCACUUACGAAGGGACCUGCUAUACAAGCAAAUGAUAAGGACAGCCUGCAGCGCUAUGCUGAUACUGCGCAAGUUACCUAUGAUACCUUAGAGUCAAUGGGAUACCUUAGUGAGAUGAAUAUAGAUAAUCUGGAGAAAGUCAUCGCGCGGCUGCCAAAGUGGAUGCAAUCCAAAUUUGCCGAACAUUUGAAGAAUUUCGAGCGUAAGGGAGAGAAGAUGCCAAAUUUAAAGGAUUUUGUAGAUUUCCUCAAGGAGAGAGCGUUUGUCCUGAGCCACCCUUUCUUUACUAAGUCAGCAACUCCUAAGGGUUUUACCUAUUCUUUAACAGCAACAAACCCUGAAUCCUGUGCCAUGUGCCAUCAACACCAUCCACUGUACCGUUGUGAAGUAUUCAAAUCCAAGUCUCCGAGGGAGAGAAAUGACUUUGUAAAACAGAAGAUUUGCUUCAAUUGUAUCAACUCAAGUAAACACAACUCAGAGAAGUGCAAGUCCUUAAUCAGGUGCAAGGUAGAAGGUUGAGGGAAGUCACAUCACACAUUGUUACACUUCACUGAACCUAAAGACAGAGGGAACCAGCAAAGAGACGGUCCUAACGGUGAGGACGUUAAUCAAGGCUUAAGGCCUAAUCAAGCCACUAUUUCUAUGUGCUCCACAGUGGCCGCAGUUAGUUCGUGUGAAGUGUUGCUUCAAGUCAUCCCAGUUAGAGUGAUUAGUAAGUCUGGUAACCAGAUUACUACCUUUGGCCUACUAGACUCAGGCUCCGACAUAACCAUGAUUGACCCGUCUCUCGUGAAACUGCUGAAAAUUAAGGGCUCACCAAGUAAGCUGUCACUCACGACAGUAAACAAUGCCGAUACAGAAGAAGAGGGUCUGAGAGUUGACUUCCAAAUUGCUUCAGUAGACAGCGAGAAUGACCAUCUGAUUGAUGUCAAAUCUGCCUGGGCUGUAAAGGAUCUUACAAUUCCCCUAAAGCACACAAAGGUGACAAGGUCUGUUGGACAGUGGCCACAUCUGCAGCAAGUGUGCUUCCCGGAAGUAGAGAGAAGUAAGAUUUCUAUCCUGCUAGGUACAAACAUCCAAGAGGUCUUCAUACCGCUUGAAGUUAAAAGAGGUAAACCAAAUGAGCCAAUCGCAAUCAAGUCCUGUAUUGGUUGGAGUAUACUUGUUGGCUGUCCCAGUGUACCUUCUUCCACUCCUGUGCAAGUCAAUCUCAUUAAUGGGGAGGAUGUUACCCUAAGUGACCAGCUUGAAGAAUUCUGGAGAGUCGAGUCCUAUGGUACGAGCAAGUGUGAAACCAAGCCCCUGUCUGUGGAGGACCAAAGAGCCAUGAACUUGAUAUCCAAUUUAAUCUGUAAACGUGAUGGCUAUUAUGAGAUGGGCCUCCUGUGGAAACGUGACAAUCCUGUGCUUCCUUACAACAGAACACUAGCUGAAGCGAGACUGCAGCACUUAAAGAGACGCUUCCUUCGAGAUCCAGAACUUGAAGUCAAAUAUAGAGCUGUGAUUGAAGACUGUGUGACCAAGGGAUAUGCAAGAAAGCUCACGAAGGAGGAAGCAGCAACAGUCAGCCAAACCACAUGGUUCCUGCCUCACCACCCAGUAAGCAAUCCGAACAAGCCAGGCAAGGUGAGAGUGAUGUUUGACGCGGCUGCAAGAUUCAGCGGCACAUCCCUAAACGAACAGCUCCUACAAGGACCUAGUCUGACAAAUGACCUGUCUGGAGUGUUGAUUCGUUUCCGUGAAGAAGAAAUUGCCUUCUCAGCAGAUAUCGAGGGCAUAUUUUACCAGACCAGAGUAACCCCAAGUGAUACAGAUUCUCUGAGGUUCUUGUGGUGGCCUAAAGGUAUUGACGAGCCUCCAGAAGAAUACAAAAUGUUGGUCCAUAUUUCUGGUGCUAAGUCUUCACCCUGCUGUGCCAACAAGGCGUUAAGCACGACAGCACAAGACAAUGAAGAAAAUUACCCACCUGAAGUGAUCAGAACAGUUCGUAGAAAUUUCUAUGUGGACGAUGUCCUGAAGUCCGUCCCAAAUACUGACCAAGCCAUACCUCUGGCCUCAGAUCUUAUGAAGUUGUUGAGAGAAGGAGGAUUCCGCCUAACAAAGUUUGCGAGCAAUAGUCGUGAAUUACUAGCCUCAAUUCCUCCCGCGUCCAGGGCGAAUCCCAAGUUGGACCUAGAUCUAGACCAGUUACCCUUAGAGCGAGCGUUGGGUGUCUACUGGGACGCACAGUCAGAUACUUUUAAGUUCAAGGCCUUACAGGCGUACAAGCCAUCCACCAAGCGAGGAGUACUUUCCGUCGUAAACUCCCUAUUUGAUCCGUUGGGAUUUCUUUCACCAUUUGUGUUCACAGCCAAGAUUCUGUUACAAGAGCUGUGGAGGCAGAAGUUGCCUUGGGAUAAAGAAAUUCCAGAGCCGUAUUCGUCCCUCUGGCAGAAGUGGUUGCAAGAGCUGCCGUGUGUUACUACAAUCGAGAUACCAAGGUGUUACAAGACCCAGUGCCUUAGUACACAAGCCACUGUGCAGUUGCACAACUUUUCCGAUGCGUCAAGGCAUGGUUAUGCAGCAGUGUCUUACCUACGGUUCGUUGAUGAACAAGGAGUGAUCCACUGUUCCUUCGUUAUGGGGAAGACCAGGAAUGCGCCCAUUAAAGAGCGGACUAUACCUCGCCUAGAACUGCAAGCGACAGUGUUAGCGGUACGGCUAAGUAACUCAAUUCUGACGGAGCUUGACCUGCAAGUAGAUGAAACCUUUUUCUGGUCUGACUAAAUGACGUCCCUGCAAUAUAUCAAGAACCAAACUAGGCGCUUCCAAACCUUUGUUGCGAAUCGCGUGGCCGAGAUUGAUGAAUCAACCUCCCCAGAACAGUGGCAUCAUGUCCCAGGUAGUAUGAACCCCGCUGAUGAGGGUUCACGAGGCGUCACCAUAGAGCAUUUCCAACCCGGGUGUCGGUGGUGGUCAGGUCCUUGCUUUCUGUGGCAGCCUGAACAACAUAGGCCUAAUGCUCAGAUGGAAGACAUUCGAAGUGAUGAUAAAGAAAUACGAAAACCAGCCAUAAUCAUGUUCACCACUGACACGUCCCAAGUUGAUCUCCUACUACAGCGCUAUUCGUCGUGAGCCCGUUUGUUGAGAGUGAUGUCGUGGGUGCUUCGCUUUGUCAAGCCACUAAAGAAGGAAAAACCUGAAUGUGUCGUCGGACGUACACUUACCCUUGUUGAGCUUCAGGGAUCAAGCGAAGUAAUUACGCGACUGGUGCAGCGCCAACAUUUCCGUGAAGAGUACAUGGCUUUGAAAGAAGGCAGACAGGCGAAAUGUACCAUUAUACUUGUUGGAGGAAGAAUUCACCGUGCGCCGAUUACCUUUGAGGCCGCCCACCCAGUGAUUCUUCCAAAGUCAAGCCCUGUGUCUGUAUUGAUAGUUCGUUACUACCACCAUGUGCUGGGCCACGCAGGCCGUGAACAUGUGUUGUCCGUCCUCCGCCAACGUUACUGGAUACUGAGAGGAAGAGCUUUGGUGCGUCAGAUCCUGAGCAAGUGUAUAAGUUGCCGCAAGCGGAACAUGCCUGCCUUACAGCAAGCGAUGGCGGACCUGCCAAAGGAAACGCUGGUACCUUAUCAUCCCCCGUUCACCUUUACGGGCCUCGACUUCUUUGGCCCCUUCUAUUUUGUAGCAAUUUCUCGUGUAGUGAACAACAAUCGUGGUUUUCUUCAGCUGUUAGCUGCUUGGGACAAGCAUUGGAUUCAACAGCUAUGAACAACAGCUCUGAACCCAACCCAGCCACUACAGACUCGCUGAUAAAGAAACUAAGCUACAAUUCAAAGAAGUCCACAUUUACGUGGCGAGGUUCCUUCGAUGAGUUGAAAAUCUUUUGCUUCGAACUUUUAGAUAUAGAUUCCACCACGUGCUCGAUAACUCAAAACGAGCAAAGAAAAUCGAUAAAAGCAAAAUCCUUGACAGUGAAUUAUUACAAGACUGGGACGUUACAACUUCAAGGAAACAACGUUCAAUCAGCAAAGGAUAAACUUCGAGCAGCUAUGGACGGUGGUAAAACCAAUUGUGACCUGAACGAUGAAAGCGAAGAUGUUGUUAGCGACCGCCAUGUUGUUGUGGACGACGACAAAUCACAAGUGGACACUCCUGAACUCUCAGAGACAUCCAGCAACGAAACGGACCACUUUAUUAAACCUAUCUCCCCUCACUCUCUUGACGUAAAUAUUCUGAGUCUAAUUAACGACCUAAGGACUGAGGUAACCAAACUUUGGAGCUGUGUGCAAUCGACGCAAUAUGCAAAUAACUCGAAGACUUUGCAAGAACUUGAUGCUGUCAAGAACGAGAACCACACCUUACAACAAGAAUUACAAGCCGCUAGAGUUCACUACACCGAGCUACAGAAAGAAUUAAAAGCUAUUCGAGAAGAAAGAGAUUCAUUGAAACUAGCGCUUCAAAUAGUCUCCAAAGAUUUGUACCACAAUUCAUUUGCCAUGCAACCUGAUAACUCCCGCGUUGACACGGAGUACCAGGAUACUCAAGAUUUUGUUUUGGUGGGAAAAAAGAAGAAGACCGGUGACCAACAAAACCAGCCUUCGACAGAGACAAACCAAGACGGGAGACAUUCACAAUCGAAGACGUCGUCAUCAUGCCAAUUAAAUACAGAGCGAACAAAAGGGAACUCAGGUGGUGGCCGAAGUACUCAACGCAAGCAAAGAGAGGUGUUCGUUGUUGGUGAUUCCAUCCUAAAGAACCUGCAAGGAAGGAAAAUGUCAAGGAGUGCUAAGGUCAAGAUUUCCUCUUUUCCGGGAUGUUCGACUCAGGACAUGAGAGAUCACAUUAGACCUAUUUUACGGAAAAACCCAGACGAAAUUGUACUUCACGUUGGUACCAAUAGUCUUCGCUCAUCCACAUCCGCGCGCGAAUGUGCUGAGGAGAUCGUUAAUUUAGCCCACAUGAUAAGCGACGAAUCUUCGGCUAAAUUGUCGAUUUCUAGCCUUGUGUCUAGAGCAGACGAGGAGGCCCUUGGUGUCAAAGUCUCUGGUGUAAACAAGAUACUAAGGAAAUUUUGUAAUCAAAAUGACUGGGGCUAUGUUGACCAUUCCAACAUCUCCGCCGACCACGACUUAAAUAGAAGCGGUCUCCACUUGAAUGCAAAAGGAACUGCUCGAUUGGCUUCUAACUUUGUUAAAUUUUUAAAAUGAAGAGGAGAUUAGAAUACUGUCGAGCGGGAGUCCGACGAGGACAUGCUUUCAGGGAGUCCUGCAAGUACACUUUUAGUAAGGGUAAGCCAUCAAAAUUUUUAAAUUCAUUCGGUCGUGGUUUUGUCAUGGCAUCGCUUAACAUAAACAGUUUACUCGCUCAUAUUGACGACCUUAGGAUAUUUGUGACUGAUUCUAAAAUUGAUAUACUUGCAAUCAAUGAGACAAAGCUAGACAGUUCCAUUGGUGACUCCGAAAUAUCUCUACCAGGAUUCGAAGUCGUUAGGAGGGAUCGUCCGGUGAAUGGGAGAUGCGGUGGCGGUGUUUGUAUAUAUUUACGAAAUAACAUAAAUUAUCAUAUACGGCAUGACUUAAGUGAUAACCAACUCGAAUGCCUUGUUAUCGAAAUUACUAGGCCGCAUUCUAGACCCUUUUUAGUAAGCACGUGGUACCGACCUCCAAGUUCCUCCCAGGACAUUUUUAGUCGAUUUGAAAUCCUGGUGGAUAAAAUUGACUCGGAAAACAACGAUUUCUACCUGCUGGGAGAUCUGAACUGUGAUAUGUUGCACAAUCGGUCAAACUACCACAUUUCGUCCAAUUUAACGAAUAUAUUUGAUAUUUACGGAUUGAGCCAAAUGAUCUCUGAACCAACCAGGAUUACAUCAACAUCACGCACAUUAAUUGACCUUUGUAUAACUAAUUCUCCCGAAAAAAUUGUUAACUCUGGUGUCGUUCAUCUUGGGAUUAGCGAUCACUCACUGGUUUUUAUGACUAUAAAAAUACGUUAUGAACGUGUUGGCACGCACCGUACUAUCGAAACUCGUGAUUACAAAAAAAUUGACAGCGACAAAUUUUUAAAUGACCUUGUUCAACAGCCAUGGGAUUUAAUUAGCUUAGAACCAAAUCCAACUGCUAUGUGGGAUGCGUGGAAAACCCUGUUUAUGGAAAUUGUCGAUAAACAUGCCCCACUGAAAACAAAGCGGAUCUCAAAAAAACAUUCUCCGUGGAUUACAUAUGACCUGAUGCGUAAAAUCUAUAAACGAAAUUAUUUGAAAAAGAAAGCUAUUAUUGAAAACAAUGCGGCUAGUUGGGAACAAUACAAGCAAGCGCGGAAUGAAACUAACAAUGCUAUCAAAUCAGCCAAACGUCAGUAUUUUUUGCACAACUUAGAGUUGAAUAAAAAGAAUUCGUCCAAAACUUGGAAGCUAAUUAACGAACUGAGCUCGCGUAAAUCUUGCACAAACCGCAAUAUCACUGAAAUUAAAACAGAUAACGAAACUAUAAAUUCUGCGCCUGAAAUUGCAGAAGCUUUUAAUAACUUUUUCACCUCUAUUGGACCAAAUCUAGCCAGUAAAUUAUCACCUUCUAAUAUCGACCCUGAAAGUUAUUUACAACCCACUAAAACAGCCUUCUCCUUAAGGGCUCUUAGUGUCACAACUGUGUGUGAACUACUAAGUGAGCUUGACGAAAAGAAAGCCAUGGGAUUGGACGGAGUUCCUUGUAAACUUCUGAAAUUAGCCAGUUCCAUUAUUGGACCAUCAUUAACGAAAAUUUUUAAUAGCUGUAUAGAAACAGAAACCUUUCCAGAUGAAUGGAAAAUCGCCAAGGUGACUCCUAUCUUUAAAAAGGAUCAAAAUCUGACCUGAAUAACUAUAGACCAAUUUCUGUAUUGCCAAUUGUCUCAAAGCUAUUCGAGAAAAUUAUCUAUCAACAACUCUAUGAUUACCUAGAUAAAAACAAACAUUUGAAUACUUAUCAAUCCGGCUUUCGAUCGCUCCAUAGCACCAUGACGGCGCUACUUGAAUCAACGAACAACUGGUCUAUUAACAUAGAUAACGGCCUUUUUAAAUGGUGUGGUAUAUAUCGACCUUAAAAAGGCUUUUGACACCAUUGACCAUGCAAUUUUGUUACAUAAACUUGCAAACUAUGGACUUGAUCUGGGUUCCCUACGAUUCUUUGCCUCCUACCUAGGUAACAGGAGCCAGAAAUGUUAUGUUAAUGGCGUAUUGUCCAGUGCAAGCGAACUAAGAUGCGGAGUCCCACAGGGUAGUAUUCUCGGUCCUUUGUUCUUCUUAAUCUAUAUAAACGAUCUUCCAAACUGCCUUAAUUCAGCAUGCGCUAAAAUGUUCGCAGAUGAUACAACUAUUACCAUUUCUGGUUCCUCUCUAGCUGACCUUGAACAAGAGACUAACUUAGAACUACUGAACCUUCACUGUUGGCUAAAAGCCAAUAAGCUUAGUCUUAAUGUUGCGAAAACCGAGUUUAUGGUUAUUGGCUCUCGCCAGAAGCUUCUCGCGGAAAGCCAUAACGAAAUAAACAUCAAACUAGAAGACCAAGUUAUCAGCAAUGUUGAUCACGCAAAAUCAUUAGGUCUCAUUAUUGACAAUCGGCUUUCCUGGUCUAAUCAUGUUAACGAAUUGUGUAAGAAGGUAACUUCGGCUAUUGGUGCCCUUAGACGUAUUAGGCCCCUUAUCUCCCAAUCUACUGCGGUACUAGUCUAUAACUCCUUAAUUCAACCUCACUUUGAUUACUGUAGCCUUGUUUGGGAUGGCUUAAGUGAUCAACUGAGUGAUAAAUUACAAAAGUUACAGAACCGUGCAGCUAGAGUAAUUUUAAAGGCCAACUAUGGGACUAGCUCGAGCCUGCUUCUUGAUAUACUCAAAUGGGACAAAUUAGUUAUAAGGAGAAAGAAGCAUAAAGCAAUAAUGAUGUUUAAAUCUCUAAAUGAACAAGCUCCAGUGUACUUGCAGAACCUAUUUCACGAACGAAGCACAGACUAUGAUUUGCGCAAUUCCUUUCAUAAAUUGACGUUGCCCAGGCCGCGUACUAACUACUUGAAACGAAGUUUCAGUUACAGCGGUGCUUUGUUGUGGAACUCUUUACCCGAAAAUGUGAGAGAAACUAAAUCAGUCAGGAAAUUUAAAGAGCAAAUCAAACAUGUAUUUGAGUCGUCGGACUCUCACUCGGCAGUCUUGUAAAACAGUAUGUCGAUAGUUUUUAGUCUAAUUAAUUGUGAUUAGAUUUUUACUCUAUUAUUACUGAAGAUUUUACCGAGUUUUAAAUAAAAAAUCUACCUACCUACCUACCUACCUAUGUGAAGCGCGCUCGUAGCGUUAUCAAAGUGUAUGGGUGCAUAUUCGUGUGCUUUAACAGCCGGGCAGUCCACAUCGAAGAUGUUAGUUCCUUAGAAACAGAUACGUUUAUUUUGGCUCUCCGCUGGUUCAUCUCUGUUCGCGGCUGCCCUAAGGAAAUCUGGUCAGAUAAUGGCACGAAUUUUACUGGCGCUGAGAGGGUACUUCGGCGUUCGGUUCGAAAACUGAAUGAAGAACAAAUCAAGAGAGAGCUACAUUCGUACGAUUCGGAUUGGUUCAAAUAUGUGUUGCCAAGGUGGCGUUUCCAACCCCCUACCGCGAGCCACAUGUCAGGCGUGUGGAAGAGGCUUAUUAGAAGUGUGCGGAAGGCUAUGAAUGCUGUCUUGAGCAAACCAGGCGCUACAAUCCCUUUGGAAACCCUGCGCACCGUAUUCGCCGAAGUCACGUCCAUUCUAAACAGUCGUCCCAUUUCCCCAGCAAGUGAUGAUCCAAGUGACAUGGAGCCACUCACUCCAAACCACCUACUUCUACAGCCGCGAAAUCUCGCCAUACCCCCAGGUGUCUUCGCCAAGGAAGAGCUCUACUCACGCAAGCAGUGGAGACAUGCGCAAUUCCUUGCUAACUGUUUUUGGUCGCGAUGGGUUCUAGAGUACGUGCCCACCUUACAGCAACGCCACAAGUGGCUACUAAAUAAGAGGAAUUUAGCGGUGAAUGACCUGGUUCUUGUGGUGGACAAAACUGUGCCGAGAUCCCGCUGGUUGCUGGGUCGCGUAACGAAAGUGUUUCCUGGUGAAGAUUCACGUGUCCGCACCGCCGAAGUGAAGGCAAAGGACUCUUCUCUUACUCGUCCUGUGACCAAGCUGUGUCUCCUUGAAGAAGCUGCGUGACGGGUUUGCCGUAGAGUGCACUGAACGUUGCAAGAUUAAGCUGAAAACAUUGUCGUGAACUAACAGUCGCUUUAGAACUUUAACAUUCAUUAGUGAUUGUCUACGGGGGCUCGUUCAGCCCUACCCCCCGGGAUGUUGAGGCCAAUCCUCAACAAGAGAACAAUUUUGAUUUCCUAAGUCCGUUCCAUUCCAUUUUUGUAAUUCAUACUCCCAGCAUGCUCAGUGAGCGCGUCUCAGUGUCGUCGUGUAGCGAGAAAGAAACCAUGUGCUUUGUAACGCGCUAGUCGCCGGGAGUUUCUCAUCGUAUGGUGAGUCUUAGGAGCUCGUGUAUUUCCAAAUCCCGUUCCAACAGUGAUUAAGUGUUUGUUUUGUAGGUUUUUACUUGCGAGGUGAAGCUUGUUAGCCAAAGAUGAGACUCCAAUUCCGAUCCUGUUGUGUUGUUAAGAAAAUAUGCUGAGUGUGCAACUCUCGAUUAUUAAACUUGUGUUCAAGAACCCUUAUGGUGUGAAGGCGCGUUUUGUCCCCUAGACAUGAGGUUUACUAUUUUUGUUGAAAUUCGCAUCGCCUGUGGGAUGCGUGUGGGCUCAUUGCGGAGAGGUGGAAACUCGAUUUGGCUAUGAGUAGGGUGUGAAGAAUUGAGAUCGAGGAGGACAUCCUCCGAUUGAGGUUCUGCGAUGGACGUUUUUGUAGCUAAUGAAUCAACACUGGGUGUUUUUUUGUUUUUCGUAUUCUCUGGUGACUUAGAAUAUAUGUUAUACAUCAUAUUUGAUCUGCGGAUAAAGUGAUGAAGUGAAUUUCAUCCUGCAAUAUAAGUGGUUGAAAAAGACCCCUAUCCACUCGAUCCCUAACAUUUAAGACGACAGGACUCAACACUCUAUCCAUUGAGCUAAUUAAGCCAACUGGGGGAAAGUAGGCUAUUGCGAGUUCGUAAUAUACACGAUGGUGGGAAUGUAUUAAAAUGACUCCCAAUUAUGAAAUAAGUUAUGUAUUUGAACUGCUUUUCGUACUCUUUAACAGGUGGCUGAUCCAAAAGAAGACCGUGUUAGUGAACUCGCGUCAACAGGACCUGAUCAUGAGUUAAUGAUUGAUACCGCUUCACCACCAGAGGAGAUCAAGGAGCGUACUAUACAGUUGAUAAAUUAUAUGAAAGGUAAAGAUGUUAAGGCUGAAGAAUCUGUUACCAGUAUUGAACUGUGGGAUUUUGCUGGACAACACCUGUAUUAUGCAUCCCAUCCUGUCUUUUUAUCAUCACGUGCGCUGUACAUCUUAGUGUGCAACCUCAGCAAGUCAUUGCAUGACAUAUCCAAGCCCUGUGUGAGACAAGGAUCUCGUAAUGUUGAAUUGGAAAACCCAAAUGGAGAGACUAAUCUUGAGAACUUAUUGUCUUGGCUUUCCACGGUGCAUAGCGUCGCACAGAUGAGAAGAGAAACCUGUGAUGAUGUAGAAGAAACGGUGCCUCAUCAUUUGCGUCCCCCAGUGAUCAUUGUAGGAACUCAUGCAGACAAACCAUUUGAAGACAUUGCAACAAUGAAAACGGAUAUCCAGAACGCAAUUGCUGGUAAGGACUAUGAAGGACAUGUGGUGCGGCCCAUCUUCAGCAUUGACAACACUGCGAAAUUACUUCAAAAUAAGAUCAGAAGUGUUUUUAGGAAAGACGAAAACAUUGAUGACAUCCAAGCUCUACAAGUCAAAAUCAUGGAAGUGCUAAGACAGGAGCCUUACUUUGGGGAGGAGAUACCUGUGAGGUAAAUAAUGGUUUUUAAAAACAAGAACACAAUUCCAUUAAAAUUAAUAAUAAUUUCAUCGGUAACUCAGUGACUCUGACGUGACACUAAAGCGUGUCCAAAACAGGGUGUUACCAAACUUAGACUUAAGACAUAAGAGCCCCUAAAAUCGGAUCCGUCGCCGAGAAGUGUAAGUGAAAUUAUAACCGAAGUUAAAGUAUAAACUGUCAAAUUAUCUUCUGUCCGAUCCUUUCCACGGAAGUUUUGGUCAAACUGAGCGGUAAAUUUUAGGGGUCUUAGUUUUCGUAGUUUCGAAAACAAAGACCGGUCGUAGUUUUCGUUAUUAUGAAACUGAACUAGGACCCCCAAAAGCGAACCGUAAAAUAUAUAUGAAGUCGGAUUACGACCGUUCAAACACUACAUGAUGCCGCAAAACUAAUAAAAACUAUCAUCAGCUCGAUCCGCGUCUAAUUUGCACACAUGUCAAUUUAUUUUUGCGGACUGGCGAUUCUUUGUGUUUUGCUGUUAGGACAGAUUGGUUUUUCUCGCUGGGAAUUAAUUUUUGCGAUUUUCAAAAAGUAACCAGUACACUCAGGGUGUAAUAGAAACACAUAUUUUCGAACAGUAUUACAUUAUGCGUACCCUGUGUAAAACCGGUAAUUCAUUGUAUUAAUACCGUUUUGUUUCUGAAUGAAAGAGGCAAGUUGUAAUCGAACAGACACGAUUUCUUAGUACUGUAUCUUUGCGGAGUGAAUUUACGUGAGAGAAUAUUUACUCUGGAGUAAAUUUUUGCGGUAACUUCAGUUUUCUUUGCGGGAACUUAUUUUUGCGGAUCGAUGGAAAAAUUGCAAAAAUUAGAACCCGCGAAAAUUUGGUGCCACACAGUAUCCUCAUUAUCGCUUUCGGAAACGUUACCGCGGGUAGAGGGCAGGCACGGAGGGGUACAACGUUCAUGAUUUUUCUGGUGGGUAUGUGCUGCCGGGUGCCCAAAUUUUGACCCUGUUUUAUAAAGAAUACCCUUUAGGCUAGUAGCUCAAUUUUAAACACACUGUUCUAGAUUUUAGUAACUUUCCAAAGCCCUCCUUUUUUGAAAAACAAAGUUAUUUCGUUGCCUUUUCGACUUAAACUUCGACUUCGACUCAAAAUACGACAAUUUUGUCUUUUUCUGUUUGGAGCGCAAAGCACGAAUGCAGAGUAAUAAUAAUAGACAGUACUUCAACUGAAUAACUAGUGGCCCUCAAACUAAAAUUGUAAAACAAAAAUAAAAUUAAGUAACCAAAAUACACAUCGUUAAAGAAAGAGAACUAUAAAUUUAUAUAAAUGAAAUACGGUAUUACUCGACAAUUACUUUACCACAGCCUACGACACGCAACAGGGGUUCAACAGUUUGUUUAUUUUUUAUUUUUCGUUUUAUGGCUGUUAGCAAUUUGAAACUUUCAUGAGUUCGAAAUCUUGUAUCCCGUUGUAGGUGAAAGGAAAAAAAUAUUUCACCCCGUUUUAAAUCAGGAAUCUCAAACUCACUGCCCCGUAUAGCUAUAGCUCCCCCGUAUAGCUAUUUUUGGGGAAUGCCCCUCCACUGGGUUCGGGGGUGGGGGGGCUUUCCACCCCGGUCAAACGUUUAAAACCAUUUUCCUUUCAUUAAGCGAGAUUUAGUCGACUCAGUCGCUGUCAAGUUAAAAUAAGACGAAUGUGCUUUAACUAAUGUCGAAAACCAAUUGGCUCUUUUCACUGAAAAUACCUCCUAGGGCUAAGCAGACUUCUGUCGACAAAUGGCGCGCACAAGUUCCCGGGUCCUAUUUUCAAAUGAACCUUUUAAAUGUCAACGUUAGAUUUUUAGCCGGUAACUCUCUCAGACUAUUUCUCUGUGCCCCCACCCUACCCCGAAACUCCCUUUUAACUUUUCCCUCGGUUUCUGGUGAUCUCCGGGGUGGCAACGAUAAAAAUAAACUCUCGGGAAAACGUAAUAUAGCAUAUACUCUUUUUUUUGCCCUUUUUGUGUGAUGUCUACCGAUAACCCAGUUGAUGAUCGAAAGCGAUUUUGAUAAUAUUCAGGUAAUGCAAUUAGGGUUGCAGCGACAUGUCAGUCGCCAACGAAGACAAAAAUCUAUCCACAGCGGAAUGCCGCUUUUACCAAAAUUAUCGAUAAAUCGGGAUAAAGCAUGUUUUCAGUGUACAAUUUACACAUACGUAUUCUAUGGCUUUCAUCCUUAUGUCUGCCUGAAUUUAUAUGUCUACAAAUUAGAAGAAGCGAAUCGAGCCGAUGAUAGUUUUCAGUAGUUUUACGGAAUAUAUAGAUAGAGGAUAUUACACGGUGGCGCGAAGAUAUGAAUUUUAUUUUCGAGUGGCAAAACAAUAUUUUACGAACGAGCGCAGCGAGUGAGUAAAAUAUUGUUUUUGCCACGAGAAAAUAAAAUUCAUAUCUUCAACCCGCCGUGUAAUGUUCUUUUUUAUUAUAUAGACAAAAUGAUAUCGAUAAACUAAUAGAUUUUUAUUCGCCAAAAAAAGUAAUCGUGACGUUUCAAAUUUACAGUAGAGAAAUAUAAGACACUGUUUACAAUGGUCAUCAGAAAUAACACUGAGCUGAAUAGGGCUCUACAAUGACAAACUAUCAGCAAAGCUUUGAAAAAUGUGUAAGUAAAAUUCAAAAGACGCAAGACGCCUACAAAUUUCGGAUGGAAAUUACGGAAAUCACGUCAUCGAUAAACUCACGUGUGAGAUUAUGGAAAAUAAACCACUCGGGUCCCGGAUGUAGUUUUUAUGAAUUUUACGAGUGGUAUAUUUUCCAGUAAAACACUCGUGUCUAUAUAAUAAAUAACUAUUAUUCACCGAAGUGGAGGUGGCUAGUGGUGGUUAUUUACCGAGGACGCGAAGUGGCGAGGUAAAUAUACCCAACCACUAGCCACCUCCACUUCGGUGAAUAAUUGUUUCAGUAUUAGUAUAUACUAAAACAGUGAGAUAAUUGAGCACAAAAAUGAUGAUUUUUAACUCAUUUACUGUUGCCAACGAGUACAAUUUUGGCACGCAAUGACCGAACGGCCGCGGUCGUCGCUUUUUCUUGCCGACAAAUAAGACUUUUGAAGGCGUUUGUUUCGCUCUUGUGGGGAAAUUUCUUCAAAAGGAGAUGUGAAUUCUUUUUGUUUUUAAAAUCAUUCUGUAAAAAAGAUUAUUAAAUUUAGUUUUAAGCUUAUUUAUGAACAACUCAACUAAACAAGGUGACCACUUGAGACCCCACUUAACGCUAAUAGGCCUCUUGCAAUAGUUGCUCACGUGAUCAACUUUCUGUAAACAUGUAAAUAGUUCGCUUUUGGACAAUUCUGUUGCAGGAACUGAAAGAGCAUGUUAAAAUUAAGUAACCUUUGGAUUUUUCAGCUGUAUAUCUAAAAGUAGCGAUCGCAACGUAAGCGGCCCGCGAAUAUUAGAAGGAAUUGUGUGAGAAAAACAACUCUCGCCACCCAGUCACGCUUGAAUAGUUUUGCAUACAAAUCCUUGUAAAUUUCGAUACUUAUGAACUGUCGCUACGUUUUUCCCUUACGCAGUUAAGGACUCAAAUCGCCUGUUUAGAAUAAAAGGGAGAUUUGAGCCCCAUAAUGCUUCAGGAAAUAAUUUACGACAGUUUGAAAAUUUCCAAAUUUACAAGGGUUUGUAUUGAAAACUGGAUGGCAAGAGUUGUUUUCUCUUCUAAUUUUGGCGGUCGUUGCGAUCGCUAUUUUUAAGAUAUAAGGCUGAAAAUUGACAGGUUACCUGAUUUCAAUACGCUUUUUCAGUUCCUACUGACCAUAUUUUCAAAAAGCCAACUGUUUUCGUGUUUACAAGAAGUUGAUCAUGCGAUCAACUAAUGCAAAACCUAUUAAACCAGCUGUUUUAGGUAAGCCUAUAUUUAUCUUAUUUUUACUUUAGAAAGACCACAAGCAAUAACUACAGUAUGUUCUCCAGUAUCCGGACACUUCAGUUUAACAUUGCAAUAACUUCCCUUUGUUAGUCGCAAGAGCUCGGAAAUUUGGCCCAGCCGGAGAAAAUCUAUUUAGUCCUUAAUAUGACGAAAGAUAAUUAACUUUUUUACGUUUCUUUCCACCGCGAAAUUAAUAUUUUUUCAUGAGAGCUCCUAGGUUGCCCAGUAUCAGGCCAACUGGCCCAUUAUCCAGCCACAACAAUAACAACGUAAUUGUACGUAAAUUGUACGUACAGGCAAGCGACUAAUAAGCUUCUCUUGCACUUGCAAAGUAGUCUGGCAAUCGAUUCGAAAAAUAUAAAUCGAUCUGGGAACCUAGCAUCGUGAAAUAAAACAUAACAAGUGACUGGGGUAUGGUGGGGACGGCGAGCGGCUGUUAAAUGGUAUAGUUCUUAUUUCCUUGUCUAGGAACUUUUUCACUGAUUUAAGGAACGCAUCCGUGGACAAGCCAAAGCAGCGGUUUGCAAGCUCAAUUAGCCCAUCUGCAAAGCGGUCUUUUUCUUCAUUUUUUGUUGAAAAAAAAAAAAAAAACUGGCGAAGGGACCUCAAUCUGAGUCAAAGGUCACUCUCCUAUUUAGUCUGACCUACAGUGUUGAUUUCGUCAUGCUCAGUCCCCACAUUUGGCCUGAUUUUUCUACUACUAAUUCCUCCUUCUUUUACACCUGUCAAUCCCGUUGAGACAUUUUUCAGACCGUUGCAACCCCAUUCUAGCAGUCACAACUGGGGAAAGUAUGAGAAUUCCCGGUUUAACUCCGUCGCUUUCAGUUAUAUAUAGAAAAUGCAGUCACGCGAAAUAAGCCGUGCACACGAAAUCAAGUCGCCUCUGAAUGAGUGAAGAAAAUAGAAUUUCCAUAAGGAGUUGAGUAGAAUUACAUUUUACGAUUAUAUCAUAUAUCCUAAGCUUUAAUUAUAGUUAAAGAUAUGAAAUAAAUCUUAUCCGGAUAAUGUACGCAGCUAAUUCACCGAUUCUGUACAGCAAAGAAAAAACUGUCUGGAUACUGGGCAGCUGACAUUGAUACAUGGUGAAAGUUUGCGGCCUCCGUUAUUCCAAACAAAUCGAAUUUCAAGAAGAAUUAAUAAAAUUUCUGAGAACCUGACGUCUUUAAAUGUCUUCACUUUAAAUAUAAAACAGUCUCUUUGAAAAUAUCACAUGUUACCUACCCUUUUCUGAGCAGCACUAAUUUUACUGCGCAGUAAACAGCGUGAUAUUAGCCAUGAAAAGUUUACUCACCUGAACAGAACGGCUUCUUCUGCGACUGUUUCGCAGCUUUAAACUCGCCAAAACUUUUAUCUUAAAGCUGAAAUGUUCAGCUUUCAUUCGAAAUACUUCGUUUACCGAGAAAAGUGAAAAGAGCGCCUCAAAAACUGAGUUUUUGUUUAAGUGGCUGGAUACUGGUACCGUCCGGAUACUGGGCAACAUACGGUAAUGAAAAAUCUCUAACUUUGCACAUGACCGCUAAACAAAUUCCAAACGUCUUGGCGACUUUUGCUGCAACGUUAGUCGCCACUUUUUGCUAUAUGGCGACCAGAAUGUUCACAGCUUGGAGCGAUUUUCUUUAGUGAUGUUUACCGCUUCGUUUUGGAACGUGUGCUCUGUAUUGUAGUCGGUGCAAGUAUAGUGUGCAGUGACAUGGGUACUAUAACGCGCGCUAUUUAGUUUCUCUUUGUUUUUAUAAACUAGGUGGCUGAACUUUGAAAAAGUCCUCAACGCUUUACUUUCCAAGCCCAAGCCAGUUUAUUACCUGAGUAUAACGAAGCUACGGACCCAUGCCAAGGAGAAGUGCUUCAUCCAUAGUAAGAAAGAGUUUACCACCAUGGUGAAUUUCUAUCAUGACCUGGGGGUAAUUAUCAAGCACCGUAGCACAGCCAUCUUGAGUACCCAGUGGCUGAUAGACUUGUUCGGGCAGCUGAUCACUAUUCCAGAUUUUGAAGAAAUGGUAAGAAAUACAUUUUAA